AAGCUAUCCACUGUAAAAACCACGCCAACAAAACCAAAGCAGAAUAUCCCCAACAAGAGAAAAAAAAAAUGGAAGCAUUGGAUACCACCGCUGCCAACUACGAUGCUUCAUGGAGCUCUGCAACAAACUGGAUCGUUGCCGGUGGCUGUCUCGAUAAUUCCGUCACCUUCGAGUCCUCUCUUUCUCUUGUAGACGACGACAAGGAUGAUAAUCAUGAUCAAUCCUCCACUAUGAGUUCAGCCGCCAAAUCCCCUCUUAUCUUGUAUACUCCUUCACCUGAUUCCACUUCCUGCGAAAUCACAAUUACUUUUGCUCAAAAACAUGAGGUGCGGCAGGUUUAUGUUCGAAGUACUUCUCGAGUUUAUGAAAUAUAUUAUGCCUCUGAGUUGCAGUGUAGCAGUGAGUAUCUGUGUACUGUUCGCUGUGGUAUUGCAGUUAGAGAUGAAGAUGUGCUGCGUGCAACUGGUAUUGAAGAAGCUGUUUUGGCACAUCAGAAGCGCUCUGCCAAAGAACUAGCUGAAGAAAGAAUAAGAAAUGGCAGUAACGUGGCCACCAAUGAAGAUGACUGGGUUGAAGUGAAAGUUCCUGAUCCUCAGCUUGCCAACAUGAACAGUUCUCUGUCAUCACAUUCUGAUACAAGCCAAGGGAGAGGCUCGAAGCCACAGGAUUUGUAUGAGGCUACAGCAGAUAUAACCGAUGCAAACCCGUGCGCAUCCAUUACGCUGAGGCUACUUUCACUUCAGAAUAAAUCUUGCGUUUGUAUUGAUGAAGUCUACAUGUUUGCUGAUCCUGUUGAUGCAGCUGAUUUGGAUAAUAAAGUGGGUCCAGUGGAAAACUCUGCUGGAAGUUCACUUAUGGCUGUGCUAAUGCCUACCUUUUUGCAGUUAUCUAAAACAGAGUGUGUUGGCCUAGCACAAGAUAAAUAUGAUUCUGAUAGGAUGAAUAGGUGGAAGUCAGACAAACUUGAGGGAAAACCAACUGAUCCCAUUGAUGCUGGAAAUGAAAUUCAGCAGGAAGGAAAAUCUGAUUCAAUUUACCAGCAGGGAGUCCAGGUGCAAGAAGCAGUUAUGCCUGGUGCCAAGCUGGAGAUUCCUCCACAAGUUUCAGAUACUGAAAGCAAGCCUGAAUUAUCACACAAUCAAAUUGAAAGUGUUCUAAACCAGCUUGUUUCUCGAGUUACCAGAAUAGAAGAUCUCUUUUUGCGGUUUGAGGAUUGUAUGCUGAAGCCCUUAAGAAGCAUUGAUGAGAGGCUCCAAAGAGUAGAGCAGCAACUUGAAGUGCUCACGAAGAAACCCCAGAAUUCUGGAUUGCUUUCUUGCACAAGAAUAUCUGCACCUGAAUUUUCAUGCAGUGAAUCAGAGACCAAUUCCCUUUAUAACAGUGGUUAUGUGGAUCUUAAUUAUGCAGCUUGUGAUGCCAGUAAGAAGGAUUCACUUCCAGCUGUGUCAUCCAUUCUCUCUGAUGCCACCCCUGUUUCUGUGAAUACUUCAAAGUCACAUCCUAGUCUUGUAGUUAUUGCUCCAGAGUUUUCAAAUUUUGAUGAUGAGGAAGAAGAUGAUGCAGUGGAACCAGUGAUGGAAUCUCCAAAGGAGAAACAAAAGCAUGUUAUGUCAAUUGAUGAUGCUCUAGUCUCUGCACUUGCUGGAUUCGUAUCUUCGACUUCAUUCCGGUCUCCAAGAUAUUCAAAAACUCUUGCAUUUAAAGCUCCUGAGUUUCCAAAUGGAGAAGGAAAUAAUGACGACAAUACAGUUUCACCAAAAGGUCAUUGUGAAAUAAGCACAGAACAUCCCACUGGUUUCAGUGAACCCGAAGGGACAGAGUUACCAAAGAGACUUUCAUUUUCAUCUCUAUCCAAUAUUUCUUCUUUAGAAAGCAAAGAGAAUGCAAUGAAGUAUCCUAAUGAUAACUACUGUCUGAAAACAGAUAUAGGAGUUGAUGAACAGCUGCAGGACAGUAAGGGGGAUGAAGGUGAUACCCAGGGUACUUGUUUUGACCACACAGUGCCAGCUGCAAAUGAUAUUGCAAGGACUGGUUCUUAUCAGAUAACUGAUGAUAUACAAAAUGGAGAAGUUGGCAAUGGAACAAGCAACAUUUGGACUCUGGGUAAAACUGAUAGUUUGGAACAAUUUUCUGGAAAUCAAACUGACAGUAGCUCAGAUACUCUCAAGGAAGUUGCUGUUUCAAAUGAAAUUAUCACUUGUAUAGAAGUCACAGAUGAAGGGCCUAACCUAGACAUUCUGCAGGAUGUUGUUGAAUUGUCAAGGGCUGCUACUAAAGUGGAUUUUGAAGCUCCAAUCCUGGAAGUGAAGUUCACUUCUCAGGAAAACUUGAAUAUCAAGUCUCCCAUUGAGGCCCUUUUGGCUGGCACACCAGAUGUGAACAUUGAAGCUCAUUCGGCAAAGACAAUCGAUGAGAAUGAUUCACAAAUUGGAGAUCAAUACAAUUUAAUUCCAGUGGAUGAUUGGGGAGUGAUGGGUUCUGUAACUGAUAUCCAUUUACCCAGGGAUACAGACUAUUACAAUCUCACUCUCUUACCUUUGAAUGCCGAAGAUGCAUCACAUUUCAUAUGAAAAAUGGGCAGCAGCUAUUAUUUUGUAGAAAUUAAACUGUACAUAAUGUGGUUUAGACAAGUAGUUAUUUUUUUUUUUUGUUAAAUGUUUGGGUUCCCCUCUACGUGCUUUCUUUGUUGA